GGUUCGAGUUCCGAGGAGUUCGGCGAGGACCUUGUUUCCGCGAUUGUCGUGUUAGAUCCAGUUUCGCCGAAGGUUGAGCAGCUGGCCACAGACAAGUUUCCUUUCAAUCCGCUGACUGCCAAAUUUGAUGAGGUAUUUUUUCUUCGGGUCCAGGAAGUUGUGGAUUCCUACUUAAAGCCUUACCGUGGUGAUAAGCCGCGCAUCGCGGAGCUGCGUGUAUGCCUGAUGGAGCGUUGUGAUGCAACAAAGCAGAAGGAGCUUGCGCCGCUCGUGACAAUAGAUUACAGCACUACAAAUGGUUCUCAUAUUCUUGCAGAGAUGAAAAUGCGACGAGAAGGAUGUGGAAGUUCGGGUUCCUCCGCAUCUACGUUCAGCACCUGCAAUGGGUUGGCGGAAUUGUUAGAGCAGAAUCCAAUUACCUGCAACCAGGGGAAACCGAUGACUGCAACCAGUGCAUGCGAGGCGCUAUCGAAUCUUAGACUGCUCAUUGG